AUGUCUGACGAGUACGCCCACCCACGUCAGUCCGCAAAGUGAUCGCGAGUCGUGUACAGGCACAUCAGGCUAGCAUACUGACUCUGCUCAUCUCUUGCACCCCACCUCAACUCGGCAACCGUCGUCUCGCAUUAACACGUACGCACCACCCGGCUCCCCGGCGUCACCCUCAACCACCGCUACGACGACGACCACCACCAAACAGCGGCCACAGCGGCCACCAAUGUCGUCAAGAAGAAGCUCGCAGGAUACGUCGGAUGUCAGUCCCAGGAGCCACUACUCUAAGGCACCGUUACCCGUGGUCCCUCGGCCCCCCCCUCGCCCCCUCGUCACCUCAGUCGCCCCCCCCCCCCCCCCCCCCGCAGCUGAGCUGACACGACACCGACUCGCGCUGGGACCCUUCCGAUCCUGACCCUAUCUUCACUCUCACGCAAUCCGUUGCCAUGAAAACCUUACAACGCUCGCAGUUGCCAACUUGCCGAAUCAGGUACACCGCAAAUCCGUACGAAAAGGUAGUGUACCCGUCCCCAUCGCCCCAUCGCUAGUGGGCUGGCCCCCUUUGUUCCUGACUGACACCUCGGACCCGACCCCCAUGGCUUCAACCUCCGAAACCGACCCCGUGCAGGCUUCCACUUUACGACCAUGGUAGUCGGUGAGUGCGCACCCCUUCGGCCCUGUCCUCGAAAGCGCGCCUCGAUCUCGGGCCGAAAACCCAGCAAACAAAUCACUUUGAGCACUGACCCCUUCUCCACCUUGUGUCCCCCUUCAGGUGAAUCCGGCUUGGGCAAGUCGACCCUGAUCAACACCCUGUUCGAUACCUCGCUCUACGCCAAAAAAACCGUGCCCGCACCCCACCACGAACGACCAAAGACCGUUGCCAUCGAGAGCAUCACCGCUGGUACGAGAUUGCGUUCUGAUCAGCGCAGGACACAAAGCUGAUGAAACACUACUCUGACUGCAGACAUUGAGGAGAAUGGCGUUCGAUUGAGGCUGACGGUCGUCGAUACCCCCGGCUACGGUGACUUUAUCAACAACGAGGACGGGUUAGUUCACAAGUCAUCCGAGGGGAUCCGAGCACGUGACCGUGGUAGAGCUGACGAUCCCAUGUGUAACCCAUAGGUGGAAACCCAUCCUCGACAACAUCGAGGCUCGCUUCGACGCCUACCUCGAACAGGAGAACCGCGUCAACCGCAACAAGCUCGUCGACAACCGCAUCCACGCGUGCCUCUACUUUAUCGAGCCGACCGGGCAUUCGCUCAAGCUGGUCGACGUCGAGUUCAUGCGAAGACUGCACACCAAGGUCAACCUCAUCCCGAUCAUCGCCAAGGCCGACACCAUGACCGACGACGAGGUGAUGCAGUUCAAGGCGCGCAUCCUGUCCGACAUUGCGCACCACCGCAUCGAAAUCUACCAAGCGCCGCAGUACGACGGCGAGGACGACGAGACCAUCGCCGAGAACGAGGAGAUCGUGCGCAAGAUCCCCUUCGCCGUUGUCGGGUCCGAUUCGGUCGUCGCGACUCAUGAUGGUCGCAACGUGCGCGGACGAGCCUACCCCUGGGGGACGAUCGAGGUCGACAACGAGGACCACUGCGACUUUGUCAAGCUGCGCCAGAUGCUCAUCCGCACCCACAUGGAAGAACUCAAAGAGCACACCAACACGCACUUGUACGAAAAGUACCGGUCCGACAAGUUGCUCGGGAUGGGCGUUACGCAGGACUCGACCGUCUUCAAGGAAGUCAAGUGAGUUGGUGCACGCUUUAGAAUCUCUCGCUGUGCGGAACAAUGGAUCUGAUCAUUGAUUGGUGUUUCUCUCACAGCCCCGCGGCCAAGAUGGCCGAGGAGCGCGCGCUGCACGAGUCCAAGCUGGCCAAGAUGGAAGCCGAGAUGAAGAUGGUGUUCCAACAAAAAGUAAACGAGAAGGAGGCCAAGCUCAAGCAAUCCGAGGAGGAGCUGUACGCUCGCCACCGCGAAAUGAAGGAGGCGCUCGAGAAGCAACGCCUCGAAUUGGAGGAGAAGAAGCGACGACUCGAAAGUGGACGACCGCUCACGCCCGAGAAGGUACGCUCGCAGUACAGUCUGCGGUAA